UUCAUCAAUUUGGGUUACAGCAGCCUCAUCAAGCAUGCAGCCUUACCAUUAUGUCACCUCCCACUGCUUCUGGGUCGGCACUUUUCCUUGUGUGUCUGCUGCCUGAGCACUAGGAUAUCCCGGUUCUUCUGAGCACCGUAUCCGUUUGUGAAAGAAGCAGAGAGGGGAGUUGUCCAUCCUUUUCCCUCUCCACCCUUCCUUCAGGGAGGGGAUUGUAUUAGCAGCAGCGUGACUGGGGAGACUGGCAAACCAAAUCUUUCUAUCUACACAAGCAGAGCCGCAGCCAGGCUAGUGCCAGGGAGAUGCCUAUAGCUCCGGCAUGCACCUUGGACAUUGCAGCAGUAUGGCAGGUGAUUAUGAGGAGUGAAGAGUGCAUUCACCCUGUACGAACAGACGGCAGAGAUAGUGUGAUGCAGCAGGACCUUCUCAUUGGCUGAUCGUCUGGAGGUAAUCAGCCUGUGAGAGUGACAGUCCUACAGGAGGCAAGAUGUGUGACUGAUCCCGGACUGACACACACUGCGAUCAGCAGAAUGAGCUGGUCACUGAGCGGCUACACCUACAUAUCGCUGCUGCUUCUUCUCUGGGAUUGUGUGUUUAGCGAGUUUGGCUAUCUCCACCUGAGGAAAACUCAUCACACGGCCUUAAGCAAAGCCCCUGUAUAUGUGGAUUAUUACACCCUGGGCAAUGCCAGUAUAUCAUCAAAUGUGUCUGUAAUUCUGCUGGACGUUAAAAGCAACCAAACCGUUACAAGCAAAGAGCUACCUGCAAACCAGUCACAAGGGUACCUAGAAUUUGAGUGUUUCCAUUUUCUCUCAACUGGAGUCUACCAAUUUGAAAUGCAAAUUGAGAGUGGAAAUGAUAGUGUGGUCCACAUUACCAGCAGCAAACUAAAUGUCACCUGGCCAACGUUUCACAUUGAUCUGAACAGGACAUCAAGAGAUAUGCUGAGAUCCUUCCAGGUCGGGGUCUUCACCAACGAACAGUUGUGCUCGGGCUUUCCCGGUCAGGAACCUAGGUUUUCACUGGAGGUAGAACACACGCACAGCUUUCAAGAAGCGGAGGAACCAAGCAACGAUAGAUUUAUGCUGUAUAAAACGUAUAAGGACGUUCCGUUGUCCGCAUCACAGUGGGUAGAGUUUGAAUGUGCAUCCGUGCGACCUGAAGCCUUUAUCACCGUGUUUCUGAAGCCCAUGCUUUCUGAGUCCGUGAUCGCUUACACUGGACCUGUUGAUCUUCUCAAGACCUUUAAAUAUAAGCUGGUAACAGUCGCAGAAAAAAAAUGUGAUUCCUCAAUGGCAGUUCAAAUUACAGCCCCUCCGUGUAAUUACAUUGAGGGAAAAAUGAUUGUCUACAAAGAGUCACCAAGGAGCCCAGGUGAAAGUGUCACAACGUUAGCAGAAAACAUUAUACAGAAAGGAGAGAAGAACUCUCGGUUUAACUGCAGCUUAUUUGAGAUUGGGAAGAACAAGUACUGUUUCGAGUUCUUGAUGUCUUCGAGUGGCAGCACUAGUUAUUCGGUUCCAAGUGCCAAGCAGUGCGUGGAGAUCCGGAGAGAAAUAGAGACGUGGAGCCUGUGGCAGCCAUGGAGCCCUUGCAGUGCCACGUGUGGAGAUGGUCAGAGGGAACGAUAUAGAACCUGCCUGUCUGCGUCACCUGUAAACCCUCUCUGCAGUGACAGUAGGAAGGAGACGUCGCUCUGCUCUCUGGAGGACUGCUCAACUGUAAAGCCUUCAAGCAAAUCUGCCACUAAUACUAAGGAUGACUCUAAAACAAGUAAUACAGUUACGAUCACUGGAAUUUCACUGUGCCUCUUCAUCAUCUUCAUUACUAUUGUAAUCACUGUCUGGAGGAAAUUCACCAAAGCCAGCAAGUGCAGUCUAACAGCCAGACACAGUUCAACUCAUUCACCCAACUGUCGGAAGAACUCUGAUGAAGAAAAAAUCUACCAAAUGAGGGAAAGCUUCUCUGACGUAGGGGAUGGCCAGCAGGAGAGCUUGGAAGAGGUUGUCCAUAUACCUUUAAAUUACAGGCAAAGUGAACAUGUUACUGAAGAGCAAGCCAUCACAGAAAACGACUGCUCACAGGCCAAUCAGAAGAUCAUCCCACCGAUUUUCAGUUAUCGACUUGCCCAACUGCAGCUAAAAGAGAUGAAACAAAAGGGCCUCACAGAGGCCACAAAGGUCUAUCACGUCUCUCAGAAUCCUAUGGCAGACACUGCACUUGACGUCUCGCUGCCUCCACCCCAGGUCUCGGAAAACUCAGACGAAACUGCAACAAACAAGUUUAGGAUACAGUCUCCAUUUUUAGAACCAAAGAAUAGCCAAAACCGAAAUAUAGGUGAAAGGCCAAACUCAAGGUGUGUCUUUCCACCAACACAAAGACUUAGUCCAAGUCAAACAUUGCCUAAAGUAACCCAUCUUAAGAACACUGAUGCCAAAGCAAGAUAUGAUAAAGGCUAUCAAAAAAGCAACAACUUCCGGAGAACAUCUAGUUUUCAUGAAACUAAGCACAAUAAACCGUAUAGGGAAAGAAGUCUGACAUCUCCCUCUCCUAGACAUACAAUGGUAUAUAACUCAAGAACCAAAAUGUGGGAGUAUGCCACAGUAGAGAGGUCGAAGCAUAAACCAAUUAGGCUAGAAAGAAGCCCUGAAAAUCUCACAAGAGGUGCCUCUUUCCCACUAAGUGCAACUGGGCAUCCAUCAAAUAAUCAAUAUCUUCAACCAGGGGAGAGUAAACCUGAUUUAAUCUGCAGCCGGUAUAUUGCAGGGAAGUCAUCAAAACUGGAGAGACCUGAGCAGAUCAGAGUACGCAAAGGUCCUUCCCCAGUUGAUAGACCUUGGAACAAGGUCCAAGAUGGCUUAUCUUUUCCUAAAGAUAACUACCAAAGGAGCAGCCCUCACAGUCCUGCUCAUUACCGAAGAGAAAAAUGCCAGAGUUUUCCCUGGGGCAAUGAAUAUUCUUUCUAUGAUAAUACAACAUUUGGACUCACAGAAGCUGAACAACAGAUGAUUGACUUACCUGGAUAUUUUGCUUCUAAUGAAGAAGAUGAAACAAGUACUCUAAGCAUAGAAAGAUUAGUCAUGUAAAUAAUCAACCAUGCUGACUGUGAUUUAAGUUUUUCUUUAUCAUUUGUAUAUUUUGUAAAUUGGGGACAAUUCAGGUUUGUAAGCAAACCAAAAAAGCAAGCAACUGGGCAAAACCGUGCGGCACUUCCAGUGGGACCAGUGGCGGAACUGGCGAGCGGUGGGCCCAGGUGCAGCAAAAUGCUUUGGGGCCCCCUCCCCUCUCAUCCAGUCCAAGUCCAACCACCUCCCCCCAAAUUGUUAGUUGUGGCGGGCCACAUGCCACAUUGGGUGUGGCCAAAAAAAAUGGGGGCGUAAUACACAUAUGACCCAAAUAGUGCAGUGCCAGAUACACAUAUGCCCCCACGGUGCCAGAUAUGCCCUCAUAGCGCCAGAUAUGCCCCCACAGUGCUAGAUAUGCCCCCACAGUGCCAGUUUAGGUAUUUUUACCUGCGCAUUGCCAGGGGUUUCAUGCACGUUGCCAGGGGUUUUACAUGUUGUGUCAUGCUUUUUCCCAGGGGUUUUAUGCUCUGGGAUCCAUGCUCGUUGCCACGGGGAAUGCUCGUUGCCUAGGGGUAGCUAGGGAUGGCCACUGACCAUCGAUGUUAUCCAUCAAUGGUGACCAUCGAUGGAUAACCCGAUGGCCAUCCCUAGCAUUUGCAUUUGUUGGUGGGCACCAGCCCGCCAGCACUAUAAUCCUCUCCCCUUCCCUCCUCCCCUAUACUCCGCUAGGCUGGCGGAGUUUUCCGGAAUGACGCGAUCACGUCAUCCACCGGGCCGGCUGAGCGGAGUAAGUAGGAGGAGGGAGGGAGGGGGAGCACUGGCAUGCCCGGAAAAAAAUUCCGGAGUUGCCAGUCUGCACAGCGCAGCUGAACCCAGAAAUUUUCCGGGCAUGCCACUGAAGAGGUUAAAUGCCGCUGGUUUUGGGCCCCUUGACAGCGGUAGAUCUGCCACUGGGUGGGACAGAUGUAACAUGUGCAGAGUUAGAUUUGGAUGGGUUAUAUUGUUUCUGUGCAUGGAUAAUACUGGCUGCUUAAUUUUUACGCUGCAAUUUAGAUUUCUGUUUGAACACACACCACCCAAAUCUAAAUCUCUCUGCACAUGUUACAUCUACCCCACCUGCAGUGCAAAAUGGUUUUGCCCAGUUGCUUGCUUUUUUGGUUUGCUAACAAACCUGAAUAAGGCCCAUUGAUAGCAGUAGUAGUCAAGGGCACUUGUAGCCUGGAUUAGACAUGUGACCGAAAACAGUUGUUGAACAAUGUGUUCCAAUGUGUGCUUCAUGUGUCUGCAGAGAGGAGAAAACACCACCAAAUAACCAACCAUCCCUUCAUUCACCCCAGGAAAUGCCUCCAAUGACUACUCUCUGCCCCUUAUUUGGCACCACAAAUAAGGACUCUGCACCAUAAAUUCUAGUCAAGAAUGCUUAGAUGACUUCUUUAGGCGUUUUUGGCAACUUUCUUCUUAAACACAGUUCUUUUUUUCACGAAUAAUUAGCAAAAUAUAAAUUAGGAAAAAUGUAAAAAGCAAAAAGUUUCCAAAAAUACAGAUAUGCAGGGCUGUAACUAGGGGCGUGCGAGUAGUGCAGUCUCACAGGCCACACAGGCCUGGGAGCGGUAUCGUUGCUGUCCCAUAGCACCUGCAUGUAGCUUACAAAGGGCCUGGAACGGAAUCCUGCAGCCAGUAGUGCUACUGUAGACCACCCUGCAGCCUGUGGAGCUACCCAAAGUGUCCUUAGAACGCUCCUGACAAAGCUCUACUUUCCAGAGCCGACGGCCCGCCCCUUGGGUAUGACUUCUUCAUGUUUAGGAGGCGGGGCCAGUACUGCUCCCUAUUUCGGCACUGCAACUACGCACGUGUUUUCUGAAAGUCAUUUUACUGUAAUUACGAAUAUUUUUACUGUGCUUUUCAAAUAUUUCAUUUUUUAAAAACCUCAUGUUUCAAUAUCUGAAAGCAGGCAUAAGAGCAGGUAAUCAAGUCUUAACAUAUGAAGAGGAAUCUAUGGAAAAUGUGGUGAGAGCUUAUAACGUUUAUUAAGUUGCUACUUUUUCACGGGUGCUAUUAAAAUGAUUAAAAGAAA